AUGCCUCCUCAAGCAGCGCAGCCUGCAGAUGCAGGCGAAAGACAAGCAGGUCUAAGUGCCACCAUGAAAUCGGCACUUCAAGGUAUAGCCAUAUUCAUGCUCGUACAAUUCGCCAUAUCCCAAUUCUUCGGAAACAAAGGUGGAAACUCGAACACGUCCGCGCCGCUCGCAGGAGCCCCAGUCCCUGCCUUCGAUGAAAGAGCGGAGAGCCCAGUAGCGACGUACAACCCCAUACCCCAAGUGAUCGCUCCGAUAUGGCCGUUAAACAGCACCCUGGACCUGUCAAUAUACGUGUCCUCAUCGGUCGCCAUGCCUUCGUUGGGCUCGGUGAAGACUGAGGGUUUGGUGUUGGAAGAGAAAGGAUUCACAAUUGGGAAUUGGAAGGAUAGUCGGGACAUCGACACAAUCUUCAAGGUCCCGAAGGAGGUGCAGAACAACGGUACCCUAUGGGCGCAUUUCUAUAUUGCGCUGCAUGGGCACACAUUCGACCCCACAGCUAGAGGCUACGACGUGGCUAAGGCUUACCACUUCGUUCGGCCUCUAAACCAAUUCUUGCCGAAGAAGAAAGUGACGAAGACGAAGAGUCUCCUAGGCAGUUCGAACGAGAAUGGAACCGGGGAAGAGGACAUAUCAAAGACUCCGGGCGUUGGAUCCUACUAUCAUCCCAAUUUCACCAUGUCUUUCAUCCCGGACUCUGGCUCCCAACCCUUCACGAGUAUGCACCCAGCCGUCCGCCAAUUUGUGCACCUUGAGACUACCGGAGCGCGCGAUGUCUCGGGGCAGAAUGGCUGGUACUACCCCGUACUCUUUGUGAAUACCUUCUGGCAGCUCAAGGACCACAUGACGGAGCUGAACAGCACAGUCAAAGAGCUCCCUCUUCAUAUCACAUUGAACAACAUGGCCAAUUGGAAGUUCAGUAUCUACGCCAGUAUUGACGAGGGCAUGAAGCAGACGCAAAGACAGGCUGCCAGCGGUGGUCCAAUGCCGGCGGGCGGAGAUGGCAGCGAAUUCGAGAUGUUCAAGCGCGUACUUGUCGACACGAACACCUACCUGCUAGUGACCACGGGGGUAGUCAGCGUUCUUCAUAUGAUCUUUGAAGCACUGGCGUUCAAAAGCGAUGUCUCUCACUGGCGCAACAAGAAGGACAACGUGGGCAUCUCCGUCAGGACGAUUCUUGCAAACGUCUUCAUGCAGACUGUCAUCUUUUUGUAUCUCAUGGACAACAGCGAAGGCACCUCCUGGAUGAUUCUUCUGGGGCAAGGAAUGGGCAUCCUGCUUGAGGCGUGGAAGAUCACCAAAACUGUCGAUGUCCGAGUGCGCGAGUCGGAGCCGGGAUCGUUGUUGCCUUAUAAAGUUACCUUUGAGGACAAGCAUAAGCUUUCGCAAACAGAGGAGAAGACGAAAGAGUAUGACGAGAUCGCUUUCCGCUAUCUCUACAUGGUAGCAGUACCGCUGCUCGGAGCGUACGCAGUCUACAGUCUCAUCUACGAUACCCACAAGAGCUGGUACAGCUUUGUUAUUACUACCCUUGUUGGCAGCGUCUACGCCUAUGGCUUUCUGAUGAUGGUCCCGAGUCUGUACAUCAACUAUAGGCUCAAGAGCGUCGCCCACAUGCCUGCGAGGGCAAUGACAUACAAAGUCCUCAACACAUUCAUCGACGAUCUAUUCGCCUUCACGAUCAAAAUGCCUACGCUCCAUCGACUGGCCACUCUGCGCGACGAUGUCAUCUUCUUCGUCUACCUGUACCAAAGCUACGCUUACAAAGUUGACAGCACGAGAGUCAACGAGUUCGGACAAGGAGGAGAUGAUGAGGAGGUGGAGGAGAAGAUUGCCCACAAGCCAUUAGCGGCGCCUCCGGACGCGGAUGCGACGGUGGAUACGAAGGUGGAUACGAAGGUGGCAAGUAAGGCCACUGGGUCCCAGAAGGCAAGUGCGAAGAAGCGGAGAUGA